UGCCGCCUGACGUCUGCGGCUCAUUUGCAUGCUCCCCCCUCCCCUCUGGAGCGCUGGUGACGUCAGCCCGGGGUCUGCAGGCAGGUGCCGCCGCCGCCGCCUCGCGCCGUUGCUGCCGCCGCCGCGUUUGCUGCGAGAUCCGAAGCGCGUCCUCGAGAUGGCUUCCGCGACAGAUGCCCGCUAUGGCCAGAAGGAGUCCUCCGACCAGAACUUCGACUACAUGUUCAAGAUCCUGAUCAUUGGCAACAGCAGCGUGGGGAAGACCUCCUUCCUCUUCCGGUACGCUGACGACUCCUUCACCCCGGCCUUCGUCAGCACCGUCGGCAUCGACUUCAAAGUUAAGACCAUCUACCGCAACGACAAGCGCAUCAAGCUGCAGAUCUGGGACACGGCAGGCCAGGAACGGUACCGCACCAUCACCACCGCCUACUACCGGGGGGCCAUGGGCUUCAUCCUGAUGUACGACAUCACCAACGAAGAGUCCUUCAAUGCCGUCCAGGACUGGUCGACCCAGAUCAAGACCUACUCCUGGGACAACGCCCAGGUGCUGCUGGUGGGCAACAAGUGCGACAUGGAGGACGAACGGGUGGUGUCGUCUGAGAGGGGGCGCCAGCUGGCUGAACACUUGGGAUUCGAAUUUUUCGAGGCCAGCGCCAAGGAUAAUAUCAACGUCAAGCAAACCUUUGAGCGCCUGGUGGACAUAAUUUGUGAAAAGAUGUCCGAGUCCCUCGACGCGGCCGACCCGGCCGUCACCGGUGCCAAGCAGGGCCCCCAGCUGGCUGACCAACAAGCCCCUCCGCACCAGGACUGUGCCUGCUAGAGAGACUUCGGAGUGGCCCCCUCUGCCUCCUGGGCCCCCCCCCCACGCCCUUCGCAUCCCCGAGUAACCAGAGCCCGAGAUCCUGGAGGGUUUGUGCUCGCUCUCCUCCCUCCUUGUCACCCCCCCAUCUAGCCAUCCCAUUGCUUAUCUUUUAUGUUGGCAGGGGAGGACUCGAACCCAGAGCGCCGCCGACUCUGUGUGGGCCUCGCCGCUUUUGGAAGAGUAAAACCCUCCCUUUGGGGGGGAUGUUGUAGAGGAGGAGGAGGAGUUUUAAAGUGUGCUAGUAAGUUUUGUUAUUUAUUUAUUUAUUUAUAUAGAGACAGAUAUAUUUAUAAUCUCCCCCCCCUCGCCUGUCUUGCAGUUUCAGACAUUUCCUUGCUGCUUUCUUGGGGGACCAGGACCUUCCCACCCGUGUGUGUGUGUGUGUGUGUGUGUGUGUGUGUGUGUGUCCGUCCCCAUCUCUCCCCUCCCCAUGUUGGUAUCUGUACAAGGAUGGCUGAUCCAACCCCCGAUUUCCCAGGUGGGUUUUGUUUUUGAGCACUGGUGGGGAGGGAAAACUCUUCCAUCCUCACCUAAUUCAUGGGGCUGGGAGGAGGGAUUAUAGCCUUGGCUGUGAUCCAAGCUGGGUCCUGGGAUGAGCCCCACCUUUGGUGAUGCUCUGCAAGUUAGCGCCCCCCCACCCCCCGACAGCGGCUGCCCCGACUUCUCUCGUGCCUCUUGCAUGCUGCCUCCUCCCCCCGCCACAAACAUGGACCGAAGUAAUAAAACUGUGGAGUGCAGUGUCUUGCUAUGCAGAAUGAGCCCCAUAAAUGCCCGGGGGUGGGGGGUGGGCUUUGCCAGAGCUUCGUGAGCCUUGCUGUUGUGGGUCCUGAGUUCACACAAACUGCAGGUGAGGAGGGCAGCGUGAGCCGGCCCAUUCCAGGUGGGAUACCCUUCCCUGGGCAGAGAACAAGCAGGGCCCGGUAGCCUGGGACCAUUUUGCCUGAGGUGCUACUUUUCCACGUGCAGGGAGAUUGGAAUGAGACACUCCAAAGAGAGAAAUCUAGCGUCUCAGGGAGAAGGCCAAGCUGGGCCCCUUGUUCUUGCGUGCAAAGGUGGUUGGGGGUCGGGGAUAUUCUGCCGCGUGAGCCUGGAGUUCCCGUGGUGCAGUCCAGGCUUAGCCACUCCUCUGCCAUUUCAGGUCUAACCUCACUGGCUGGCUGCAAGGAACAGGCAGGAUUUGGGCCCCCAGUUAGAGGCCCUUGCCUGUCUGGUCCCACUCGAGAAAGGGCCGGCAGGCAGGAGAGAGUCCGUGUGGCUUCAGUCCCGUUACCUCCGGUCCUCUGUCUGACGGAGGAGGAGGGUGACGCCCCCGCCUUGCUUGAAGCGCCUGCUGUGCUCCCUCCUCCUCCUCCUCCUCCUCCCGUCUUCCUCCGUGUACAGAAAAAGGGGGAAAAAGCAAUCUCAAUCUCUCUCUCUCCCCCCCCUGUAAAUAGAAGUCAGUGAUGUGCGCGUGUGUGGAUUGUCCCAUUGCUGUGCUGUGGUUGUGCUGGUGGUGUUUUUAUUUAUUUUCAUCUCUCUCUUUUUUUUUAAAAAAAGGAACAACCUUUUUUCUUCUUCCAGUUGCUCACGACACAAUAUUUAUUUUAAAAUAUAUUAUUCAGAAGGAGAAAGGAAAACAGGUGGGUGGGGUGGAAACAGCCACAGCUCGGUGGCCUCCUUGGUUGGGAAAUGGAGAAAAUCACAGGGGUGCAUAUUUCCUUUUCCCCCCAGCGGAGGAUUUCUCUCCCUAACCCCUUACCUGCUGCUGUUGGAGAGGAAGGCAGCUGAGCCUCCCCUCUGCUCCUUGCCUCUUGCCCCCUUUCGCCUUCAGUGCAGCAACUUUUCCCUCCAGCGACUCAACAGUGCUGUUGUUCCGUGGCUGAGUUCUCUGGAUGACCAAACUCGCUGUUAAUGCGUGCCCCCCCCCCUCCUCUUAAUUAACUUAUUUUCAAGGGAACACUACAGUGUUUGUUUUACAGAUGCUUGGGCAUCAGAUGUCCCGUCUCUCUCUCUCUUUCUCUCUCUCUCUCCCCUUUUCAGUGAAGUUUACUUCUAGGGGGGGGGGGGGGAAUGCUGUACUGUAUUUAAAAAAAAAAAAAAUCAAACCUGUCAGAAGUGUCAAAAUAAGUUCAGUUUCCUAAAAAACAAAAUGACAAAAUCACUGUACUAAGGAGAUAUUGUGAAUAAAAGUGGCUGAUCACAA